AUGUCGAUUCCAGAAGGCGAUUACGAAAAGGGCAAGAAGCUUUUUAAAACGCGCUGCCUGCAGUGCCAUGUUAUUGAUGCAGAUCUGAACAAAAAUGGGCCCACGCUGAAGGGACUUAUUGGACGCAAAUCGGGCACCGUUGAUGGCUUCCCUUAUUCCACUGCCAAUAAGAAUAAGGUAUGUUUGUAUCUAGUCUAUUUGGAUGUAUCAAAACGAGGCAUAUCUCAUCCAAAAGAAUAA